AUGGAAAAACCACAUGUUAUGGUUGUACCUUAUCCAGUACAAGGACAUGUGAUUCCUCUGAUGGAGUUAUCUCUCUAUUUAGUCCAAAAUGGUGUUAAAGUAACUUUUGUGAACACCAAAGAAAACCAUGACAGGAUCAAGAACUCAUUUCCAAGUGGAAAUGAUUUAUUAUUAUUGUCUGAAAUUUGUACGGUAUGGAUUUCUGAUGGAUUAGAAUCCAUAGAAUCGGUGUUGAAUGUUAUGCCGAAGAAAGUUGAGGAGUUAAUUGAAUGCAUUCAUGGAUCGGAAAGUGAAAAGAUUACAUGUGUUCUUGCUGAUCAGAGUAUUGGUUGGGCUCUUGAAAUGGCGGAAAAGAAGGGAAUUGCUUGUGCUGCUUUUUGUCCUGCUUCUGCAGCACAGUUGGUUUUGGGAUUGAGUAUCCAAAAAUUGAUUGAUGAUGGAGUCAUUGACAAAGAUGGAACUCCAUUGGAGAAGCAAGUGAUUCAUCUAUCACCAACAAUGCCAUGUGUAAGUACAGAAAAUCUUGUUUGGCUUAAUGUUGGGAACAAAACAACUCAGAAGCAUAUUUUUCAACUUAUGAUGAAAAACAUAAACUGUAUGCACUUAACUAAAUGGCUUCUUAGCAAUUCAUCUCAUGAGCUUGAGGCUGCUGCAUUUUCACUAGCUCCGGAAAUCAUACCAAUAGGACCAAUUUUUUCAAGCAAUCAAUACUCCAUAGGAAAUUUUUUGCCACAAGAUCAAACUUGUUUGAAAUGGCUAGAUCAACAAUCACCAAACUCAGUAAUCUACAUUGCAUUUGGAAGUUUCACAACUUUUAGUACUAUUCAAUUUCAAGAACUAUGCUUCGGUCUCGAACGGUCCAAUAGGCCUUUCUUGUGGGUUAUGCGGACAGAUAUAACCGAACCCACGGAGAAUAUUUAUCCGAAAGGAUUUGAAGAAAGGGUAAGUAAAAGAGGUAGAAUGGUUGGUUGGUCGCCGCAAAAGAAAAUUUUGAGUCAUUCAUCGGUUGCUUGCUUUAUAAGUCAUUGUGGUUGGAACUCAACAUUAGAGAGUGUUGGAAAUGGGAUUCCAAUGUUGUGUUGGCCUUAUUUUGCUGAUCAAUUUUUGAAUAGGAGCUAUGUAUGUGAUGUUUGGAAAGUGGGAAUGGAGCUUGAAAAAGAUGAAAGUGGUGUUAUUAGACAAGCUGAGAUUGUGAGCAAAAUAGAACAAGUUUUGAAUGAUGAAGAGUUGAAAGGAAGGGCUAAAGAACUCAUGGAGAAGGUGAAGACUUGUAUUGGAGAAGAUGGUGUGUCAAAUAAUAAUCUUCUUAGUUUUAUCACAUGGAUAAAAAAUAUAUAG